GUCGAGGAGGCGAGGCUGCGCCGGGCCGAGGAGCUCCGGCAGCGCCAGGAGGCGGACGCGCGGGAGGAGCAGCGACUCCAGCGCGAGGCCGUGGGCGAGGGCGCCUCCGACGCCGCCGGGCCGCUCGCGGGCACGGGCGCUCCCGACCCGGGCGCCCACCACUCGCGCAGGCGGCAGCAGAG